AAAAUCAAAAAGAAUAAAAGAUAAAACAUUUUUAAAUUGCUUGGUGAGAAUGGUGAUGUUCUUAUUGAAGUGAUGAGGUGGCAACAAUGCAAGCGUUCUACUUUACUCCUCUGCAGCAGCAGCAACACGAGCCAAUCUUUUAUCUUCUUCAUUGAAAACCCUACAUUUUGAUUUGAUUUUCCCCUUUUUUGGGUACAUUUUGUCACUGAAUCUAAUCAAAGUUGUUCACUUAUUUGUUUACAUGCAAAACAAGUCUAAAUUUUUAAGAAUGAAGGAGUCGAAGAAAGAUUCAGAGAAAGAAGUGUGGGAUCCGAUUCAAAUGAGGAGUUCAUCGGGGAACCCACUUGUUCAUGGGUCAUCGUCAAGACCCAUUCCCAAGCUCAUGGUGUGGUUAAUCCUUUUCGUUUCGUUUAUUUAUGUUAUUUACACUCUUAAGCUAUUAGCCAGCUCGGCUGAAGAUUCUUACGAUGAUAUCCCUUUCACUUCAUCGCUUCAUCGGUCUCUAUUAAAUCCUAACCGAACGGCGGAGAUGACAAAGGAGAAGGCGUCUCUUCACCCACAUCGGGAUGCUAGAGAAAAACAAGUGGGUUUAUUACGAAUGCCUAAAGCUCCGCCUAGAUGGAGGCCAACGGAGAUCCACGACAUCGUUUUUGGGAUCGCGGCUUCUUCUAAGCUAUGGCAAAAGAGGAAAGAGUACAUCAAGAUUUGGUACAAACCGGACCGAAUGCGCGGUGUGGUUUGGCUGGACAAUCGGGUGAAAUACUCUGCCGAAGAUAACCGGACCCUACCGCCGGUCCGGUUCUCCAGCGACACUUCGAAAUUCCAGUAUACGAACUCGCAGGGUCACCGGUCAGCGAUUCGGAUCUCGCGGAUCGUGACGGAGACGUUGAGUAUGAAGAUGGAUAACGUGAGGUGGUUCGUGAUGGGUGACGACGACACCGUCUUCAUCACCGAGAAUCUCAUUAGGGUUUUGAGGAAAUACGACCACACUCAGUAUUAUUACAUCGGAAGCUUAUCGGAAUCCCAUAUCCAGAACAUAUUUUUCUCUUACAGUAUGGCUUACGGCGGCGGUGGGUUCGCCAUUAGCUACCCUUUAGCCAAGGCCUUGUCGAAGAUGCAAGACCGGUGUAUUCAAAGGUACCCGGGAUUGUACGGCUCCGAUGAUCGAAUGCAAGCUUGUAUGGCUGAACUCGGUGUCCCACUCACCAAGGAACUCGGUUUUCACCAGUACGACGUGUAUGGGAACUUGUUCGGGCUGCUUGCUGCACACCCUGUAACGCCUUUAGUAUCGCUGCAUCACCUCGAUGUCGUCGAGCCUAUUUACCCCAAUGUGACCAGGGUUCAAGCUCUUAAUCACCUUAUGUUGCCUGCAAAGCUAGAUUCAGCCGGGAUCAUGCAACAAUCCAUCUGCUACGACAAAACGAGAAGUUGGACCAUAUCGGUUUCGUGGGGUUUCGCCAUUCAAGUUUUUAGAGGAAUCUUUUCUCCAAGGGAGAUAGAAAUGCCUUCGAGAACGUUCUUGAAUUGGUAUAAAAGAGCAGAUUACACAGCGUAUUCAUUCAACACCCGCCCUGUUAGCCGAAACCCUUGCCAAAAGCCUUUCGUGUUUUACAUGUCGGGCGUCGGAAUGCAUUCCAAACUGAACACAACCGUGAGCAAAUAUGAUCGACACCGUGUUCCUCAUCCUCCUUGCAGAUGGAAAAUGGCUGAUCCUAACAAUCUUCAAAUGGUGAUCGUCUACAAGAAACCCGACCCGAAUCUAUGGAAUAGAUCACCGAGAAGAAACUGUUGUAGGGUGAUGAAAACAAAGGAGCCAAGAACAAUGGAGGUGGAUGUGGGUGUAUGUGAGGAAGGUGAAUUUAGUGAAAUAUAGUGAAUAAAGUUGGAUUAUUUUUAGGGAUUAGCUUCUUCUUUUUUUGUUUUUUUUUUAUGCUCAAAUCACUGUCUUUUACUAUUCUUUUGUCUUAAUUUAUCUGUCCCAAAUCUCCAAUUCUUUUUGCAAGAGUUUUUGAGGUAGUCUCGUUUGGGAACCAAACAAGUAUGUUGUAUAGAAAUUUGUAUCCCAUAAAAGUUACAACCUUUUUUUCAUCA